AUGUCACCUUCCGAUCGAGCUCUACUUCACCUCGUCGCUGAUACAUCACCUCGUCGCCGAUGUCACCUCGUUGAUCGGACUCUAAUCCACCUCGCAGCACCAUCGCUACCUUCAUUGCGCGACACAAGCUCCAUCGACCAUCUCUCCGGAAUCAUCUAA